UGUCCCUCCCAUUCUCAAUUUCCCACUUUUUUCUCUUCUCUCUAAAGCUAUUUCCUCUUCAUUCUUCCUUUUUUCUAUCAUUUGUUCGUUCCUCCCAAGAUUCGGCUUGUUUGGAUGACGAUGUGACCGGACCGCGAAAUUUAUCCGCUUCAAAAUAAUUUAUCGGAUCUUUCUUUCGAUCAGGCGCGCGCACACUCUUAAAUUGCCGGAAAAACGUUUAGUACAAUCUGAGCGACAAAAAAAUGGUUUAAGCUCCGGGCUUUCUUUCUUUCGGAAGUUCAACCCAACUACGAGAUUCUAUUGUUCCCUAUUUCUUGUAAGUGUCGGGUGGGCUUUUGCAAAUGGGUGCGCCAAAGCAGAAAUGGACAGCUGAAGAAGAAGCUGCCCUUAAAGCAGGAGUGAUCAAGCAUGGAGCAGGAAAAUGGCGCACAAUACUCACAGAUCCUGAGUUCAGUUCAAUUUUGCAUCAACGUUCAAAUGUGGAUCUCAAGGAUAAGUGGAGAAAUAUAAAUGUUACUGCAAUAUGGGGGUCUAGGCAAAAGGCUAAGCUCGCACUUAAAAAGAAUUCUAUGGCCAUAAAACAACAUGAUAAUCCUAUGCCUGUAAGCACCGUGCUUCAGAAUGAGGAGAUUGUUGACGCUAAGCCACUAGCAAUUUCGAAUGGGACAAUUCGCUCUAAUGGUCCAAAAGAGCCACUAGCAAGACUGGACAAACUUAUAUCAGAGGCAAUUAACAACUUAAAGGAGCCAAGGGGUUCUGACCGGGCUGCAAUUGCUAUGUACAUAGAGGAGCAUUACUGGGCCCCACAAAACCUUAAAAAACUUCUUUCAACAAAAUUAAAGCAUAUGACCGCAAAUGGAAAGUUGAUAAAGGUAAAGCACAAGUACAGGAUUGCUCCAAAUUCUCCCUUGUCUGGAAGAAGAAGUGCUCCAUUGUUACUUCUUGAGGACAAGCAGAUGGAUUCUUCAAAGACCGAGAAGAAUGAAGUCAAAAUUAUCACUAAAUCCCAGGUUGACUCGGAACUUUCAAAGAUGAGGGUAAUGACUGCAGAGGAGGCAGCUAUAGCUGCUGCACGUGCAGUAGCUGAGGCAGAGGCUGCCAUUGCGGAAGCUGAAAGGGCAGCAAGAGAAGCAGAAGAAGCAGAGGCUGAAGCUGAAACAGCACAAGUUUUUGCUGAAGCAGCAAUGAAGGCAUUGGAGUGCAGAACAUUCCCUAGUAGAAGUCCUGUUCAGAAAGUACUUCUCCAAGAUAACAAAACUUUGCAAUGACAACUGUAGGCAAUGUGUUCUGAGAAGAUGAAGGUGCUGCUGCUGCUACAUUUCCAUGUGCAAGUGAAUGUAACUAAACUGUAGAUAUUGUUAGCAUUGUAAAUCUGCAGAAUAUGAUUGCCUUAUGAGAAAGACGGCUUCUGGGGUUCAUAUCAUCGGAAGUGCAUGUCGGUAAUGUGAUUUUAGAUUCAAACAAAGAGCAAAGGAUUUUGGAAAGAACAAUGCGUUCUUAAUCUGAAAAUGGUGUUUUCUCGCCAGAUUGUCUUUAUGAUUCCAAGAGAAAUCAAACCUGUAAAUUAAUAUUU